AUGGCCAAUAAGCUGGGCAGCGUUGUGGCGAUAGAACCUUCCACCGGCGGUAUCCUGGCCAUGAUCAGCAGCCCGUCCUACGAUCCCAACUUAUUACGCGGCAGCGACCGUGCACGGAAUUUUGGCAAGCUGUUGCGCGAAGCGACAAAACCAUUGCUCAACCGGGCCAUGCAGGGCGCGUAUAACCCCGGCUCUACCCAAAAGCCGCUAACAGCCCUGAUAGCGCUGGACGUAGGCGCUAUCACUCCCGCUUAUGGUUUCCCUUGUGGCGGUGGUUAUUACAAUUGCGGCCGCCGUAUCGGUUGUACCCAUAGUGGUGGCGGGCAUGCGGCCAACCUGCGCCUCGCACUCGCUAAUUCCUGCAACUCUUACUUUUGCCACAUCUACCGUCUUUCAGUAGAUGACAAGCAGUUUGGCAAUGUGAAGAAUGCCGGGGGAAGUCUGCAAGAUCUUUACCUCGCUGGCAUUAGCCAAAUAUUUAUCAUUGACGGAGAUCAAUUUCAAAUCAGUCAAAGACCGGGUCAUCAGUAUCGUGAUGAUCAUGCUGCCGGCGUUGAUUAUUAUCCUGCAAAACGAAACGGGGCUUGCACUCGUUUAUAUCAGCUUUAUACUGGUCUUGUACCGCGAAGGAUUGCCCGGUUAUAUCCUGGUGGCCGGCUUCUCAUUAGUAGCACUUACGGUCACCACGCUUAUCCUGGAUAG